UAUUUUUUUUCAAUAAUCUCAAUCUCAUCAUCUACUUCUGAAAAACCCUACCAAGAUGCGAACACACACUUCAUCAGAACAUCUUGUAAUUCCACAGCCUACCCAAGGCUCUGCUUUGCCUCCUUAUCAAAGCACGCUGGCUUCAUACAAACCAACCGCGUCCUCCUGACCAGUGCCGCCCUGAACGUGACUCUGGCGUCGGCAAAGGCGACGUCGGUGAUGAUUUCGACGAUGUCCAAGAGCUAUGGGAUAAUGAAGCCAAGGGAGGCCGCGGCGAUGAGAGAUUGCCUGGAGGAGCUGCGUGACUCGGUGGAUGAACUCAGAAAGUCCAUUGGUAAGAUGAGUCAACUCGGAGACUCCAACUUUGAGGUCACCAUGAAUGAUGUUCAGACCUGGGUUUCUGCUGCUUUGACUGAUGAGAGUACUUGCACUGAUGGGUUUCAAGGAGUUAAUGGAAAUUUGAAGAACACUGUGAGAAGCCGAAUUGUGCAGGUGGCUCAACUUACCAGUAAUGCUUUGGCUUUCAUAAAUCAGCUUGCUUCUUCUCAUGCUUAACUAAUAAAUUAGAUCAAAUCCAUGAACUUUCAUAUUUUCCUAUAGAUUUCCUUUCAAGUUUUGAAAACCAAUACUUUUUUUAAAAAUUACUAUGAGGGCUCAAUGAAAAACUGCAAUCAUAAAAAAUUUUCGAUGACGAGUAGGCAAUAUAAACUUGUCAUUUCUACACUGAAAAUUACAGAGUUAUUGUGAGAUUUUUUAGAGAUUAAAUUUAUUUCUCGUGACCUUAUAGGUUGAGAAAUUUUGUGUAAUUUUUCAAGAUUUUGUAUUGCUUGUCUCCAAAAGUGCGGAAAACGUUGCGUGUAU